AUGCCGUUCUUCAAAGAGCUACGGCGCCGAUCAAAGGCCAGUUUCCAGAAAACUCCAGCCCCGAGCGUGGAAGAGGUCUCCGGAAAAUCAUCCUCCACGAUCGACACUUCCUCCCACAGCUCCAUCACUCCACCGUCGUCGAUUCGCCCGACCCUCUCUUCUCCCAGCUUGCCAGCGCUCAGUGAAUCUAAUGGCAGCACUGCGAGCACACCUGUUGCUCCCCCGCAGCGACCGGGCCCCUCGGUGCUCAAUUCCCAAAGGAACAGCGUGAUCGGCAGCAGCGCUUCCUCUAUUAAUGGCCUAUACCGAACACAAGUCCCCUCUUCGCCAUAUGCCCCGCGCAUCGUCUCCGUGUCCGAUAAUUCGUGGGUCAAUCAAAAGGUGCUCCUGGUAUAUGGCCAGAUCGGUGACCCCAGACAACUUCCGCUGGACGGAAAUAUCACAGUCUACCACCACCAAGAUAAUUUCCCGUCAGUCGGCUGGCCCGUCACGGCGUCGCAUUUUAAAGUCCUCGUUCAUCUAGUUCCCGGUCCCAAUCGUCUACGCUUCGAUUUCGUCUCUCCCAAGUUGUCGACGGGCAGCACCCACCCCGCUAUUCACUCGACUUGGAUCUGCAUCAACUACCUACCUCUAGUCAACACCCCGCCGUUACAGCUGGUCGUAUUGCUUGGAAAAGAUUCAGAAGGCACAUACGAUGCCGUGCCGGAAAGGGUGGAACGCGAGGGCAAUGGAUUGGACAUGGCGAUUCGAAAGUAUCGCAUGGCCGCCUAUCUUUGGCAGGCUUUCACCGGCGAACAGAUGUUCCGCAACAACUUUGGGCGCCGUUGUUUCCGAUUUGAAGAAGAGUGGCAAUCCGGUACUCUGAGCCGUCGCGAUUUGACACAGGCUCAAAUGCGAAACGAGGCAAAGGUCCACAUUGUUCGCACUGAUAAGACAGUGGCUGAACUUAGGGAUCUCAACAUUGCUCAGCAGAACGACAAAGCGGAAAAGAAGGAUGAGCUGUUCAACAUUGCCAAGGACGCGGUGCGCAAGCACUUCCAGCCUCAGCCUGGUCAGAAACAAUACGUCUCUGUUCUUCUGCUCGAUUCUCACUGGGAUACCACAUCACAGAUGAUCACGGGGCACGCAGCUUUAGGGUCGGGUGACGAUGAUAUCAAGAUGGCCAUAUUCGGAUCACAUUGUCUCCAAAGCUAUCCAUCUUGUCUUGAAGACGUAGUGGAUGCUUUCACAGACUGCACUCGGACAGAUACAGCCCACGUUGCCAACGACUGUGGUGAAGCUGGCUCUAACUGGGAAUCCGCGAACUUGGGCAUUGGUGCUCAUCUUCACGAAGUUGGUCAUUUGUUCGGGUGUCCUCACCAAGAGUCGGGCGUCAUGCUCCGUGACUAUGUCACUUUGAACAGAACGUUCUUGACUCGGGAGCCUUUCUCGACUCGGACAAAGGCUCAGGGACUGAAAGUGUGCUUGCCCAACGAUGAAUGUGGCUGGCAUCGCCUAGAUGCACUGCGCUUCCGAUUCCAUCCCAGCUUCCGACUUCCAAGUGAUCCUUAUCCCAAUUCGGAUGACAGCGUCCAGUUGUGGCCAGUGGAAAGCGGUAAAAUUCUGUUCACUGCUUCAUCGGGCAUUGCAUUCAUGGAAUUGUAUGCUGAGGGCGAAGACUUCUGUCACAAUUUCAUUGAAUACUUGCAUACCGAGUCAAGCCCCAAUGGUCUUCCCAAACAAGUUACGGUCACGGAGGGCGAACUGCGUCAACGGCUGUUUGGCACCGAAAAGGAGAAGAAAAAGAAGAUUCGAAUCGUGGUUUACUCUGGUGCAAUGGGCAGCUAUACUGUCGAGGAUAUCAGCCAAUUGAAAUCAAAGAACUCCCUGGUCAAGUUGCCGAAAGGCCAGUCCGGAUAUAAGAGCGGCAGGCUGGGCCACUCAGCCAUGGAAGGCAGUGAACCCGAACAACUGUUGUUGGAGGGUGCUUUCGUGCACCACAAGCUCCUGACGUCGAUCAAGGUUUAUCACGGCCUUGCAUUGGAUGGUCUCGAGUUUUUGUACGCGGACAAGACUAGUCAACUCUUCGGCAAGCGAGGAGGUAAGCCAGAUGGUGAUGAGUUCACCUUCGACGUUCGACGUGGUGAAAUUUUGCUUGGAUUCUAUGUCCGGGCUGGCCUCUGGAUUGAUGGAAUCGAGAUUCUCACGAGCUUGGGAAGGAAAUCGGGCGUUUAUGGAAACGCUGUUGGUGGCUCCGGUCACACCUUGAUCCCACCUCUGGGUUACAAGAUUGCUGGAAUUGCCGGCUCUUCUGCUUCUUGGGUCGAUGGGUUCUCAUUGAUCAUCCAACAUUGA